CGUCAAAUGGCCGACUCGGAGAUGUGAGCGUUUGGCAGUGUGCGUACCAUCGCCGCUUACGUUUGCUGGUGUGCUGUGAGAGCGGGUCGUAAAACUUGUUCGAAUGCGAAAAAAGAGGUUGGAUUUCCGUCGGACGCUCGUUCGCUUUCUGCUCGAAGCUUUGAACGCAACCGUGUGUGUCUGCUAGGUGUUUGGCGUGAUUCUGUGCUGAAAUCGACUGAAAAUCUUGUCUAAAGUCACCUCUAAAGCAAGCGUGUACUGCGUAACGGUCCGUUGGUGCAGAAUAGCUACCAUUCUGGUCGAAAAUCGAGCGAACUGUGGCGGUUUUAAGUAGCAAACCGUAGUGUUCACCCGACGUCUAUCGCACAUCAUCAUCUCCCCUGGCAGACAGCCACGGCUUCUUCACGGUGUAGCAGUUGCACGGUGAUUACUAUCCACACAAGACGAACGUCGGUGGCGGAGCCAUCGAUAAGUAGUGUCCUCCCAGUGUGUUCUCACGCCGAUCCGCGUUGUGAAAUACGGCAGCAUCCUUUUGUGCGACGGUGAAGAAUCUUCCGCUGGCGGGUGCUUCUGUGUGAAGUCGCCGUGUGUGAGAGAGAGAGCGGGAAAGAGAAAGCGUAGACACGCGAGAGGGAAAGGGAUCGUCUCGCAGCCGUCAUCAAACAACUAUUGUGUUUCGUACCGUGUUUGACGUUUACCGUGACUGGCAGACCGUUUUUUGGACGUCGGUCGAUUGUUCCGUUGGGUUUUAUGGCCAAGAAAAACUAGCAGCCCGACCGCUUUUUUUCGCCUGACGCGUUGUCCGUGAGCAGCCACAUACUCUAUCGCGUCAUCAUCGCCAGCAGCACUACCACCAUCACCAACAUCAUCAUCAUCAUCAGCAUCGAUCCGUUCGUCCGACUGGCGCAGCGUGUGCGACACAACAGUGCGUGGAAAACAAUAUCAAACGGUGUACGAUCAAAGUAGGCUCGGCUGAAGAUUAGUAAAAAGCUGUUAGUCGGCGCCCCCUUGCGAUAAUCAUAUUGCAGUGUUUCUGCUAAACCAUUCGUGGUUGUGUGUAUCCGUGUGUGUGUGUGCGUGUGCCAAGUCGUUGGUGUGUGUUGGUGUGCAUACGUGUGUAGUGUGUUUAUGUAUGUAUGCGGAAUUUUCCACCAUUAGCGUCGUGCAAUUUUUUCCAGCAAAACGUACCGCGAUCUCGCAAUAAGGAUCCUGUGGAACGAGUGCGGCUUUGUGCUUAAGUGAAAUUUUGUGCACGGGAUUUGCUAACCCAUCCGUCGAGGAACGUCAAAGUGUGCUACGAAACAGCGCGAAAGAGAGGCAGUAUUACCGUCAGCAAGCGUACCACCAUCGCAGAGAAACCCGAACCUUCGAUCGAACCAGACCCGGUUAAUGCGAAACAAUGGCAAUUGUCAAGGAUAGUGCAACAUUCUUCCAGCACGGCAACUCGGCCCAGUUCGACUACGUGCUCAAGCUGUACCCGAAAGCCCUGAAGUUGAAGGCAGAAACGAGAGGCAACGGCAAAAAGGCAGAUAAACUAUUACGCCUCGAAAAGUGGUACCAGAACGAGCUGCCGAAGUUGAUCAAAACUCGUGGCCGCGAUGCUCACCUGCUGCACGAAGAGCUGGUACAGACGAUGGAGUGGAAGCAGACGCGCGGCAAGUUCUACCCGCAGCUGUCCUAUCUCAUCAAAAUCAACACACCCCGGGCGGUGGUGAUGGAGACGAAGAAAGCUUUCCGGAAGCUGCCGAACCUGGAGCAGGCCCUGAAUGCUCUCUCGAACCUGAAGGGUGUGGGAAUUACGAUGGCAUCGGCUUUGCUGGCUGCUGCUGCACCGGAAAGCGCGCCCUUCAUGGCUGACGAAUGUCUGAUGGCAAUUCCGGAUAUUGAGGGCAUCGAUUAUACGACUAAAGAGUAUCUAAAGUUUGUCACACACAUUCAGCAGACAAUGGAGCGGCUAAACCUGGAAGAGGAAAGCAACGGCGCUGCGGAAGAAUCUGCGGGCGAAAAGAAGGACAGUGCCACUAAUGGCGGUGGCGGAGGUGGUGACACAGCGGAGGCUGUAGCGGCCGACGGGGAAGGAAGUGAAAGCGCUGCCAAGGAGCCGGCAGGCAAGGAAGGCAAGGGUGAUGCGACCGAAAAUGGUGCGUCGGACAAGACGGGUCCGAAGCCGAAGAAAUGGUCAGCACAUUCGGUCGAGCUGGCACUUUGGACGCACUACGUCGUGUCAGAUUUACAGCCUGAGCUGCUUGGCGGCAUGCCGGGAAAUGGCAAUGGCGUUGCAGCUGAUGCUGAGGGCGACGCAGCUCAGAACGGAAUCUCAAAGGAAGAAGGAGGUGAAGAUGAGGAUGAUGACGAGGUUGCCGAUGAGGAGGAGGUAGAUGGAGACAAUGGCAUCGUCGAGGAUGAGGGUAAUACGAACGACGAAAACUCCCGCACCGCUAUGGUGGAAUCGUCGGAAUCGGAAAGCAACGAAGCGGCGGCUGCCGGAGGCGUCGUGUCCAAUGGCAAAAGUACGCCGGGCUCGAGUGGCUCUGCUCAGGAGGACGAAGAAAAGCUCCUCGAUGCUGAGGAUACGUCCAAGGAUGCCACUGACAAUAGCAGCACGGCCGAGGCAGCAGCGGUCACGAUGACCGAAUUAACGAACAAUGGUACCUCGGUAACGGAACAGGUGCAGACAACCGCCGCCGCAACCGCCAACACACAAGUGACACCUCUCGUCAACGACUGCACGAAAGCAUCCGGUGAAAGCUUAGGCGAUUCAGCAGUUGCUGGAAAGGACGCGUUGAGCACGACCAGCCCCGUCGCGGACAGUACCGAACCGGACACGCCGAUCUCCACCGACAGCAGCAGCAAUGGCAGCAACAAACGUCCUCUCUGCUGCGACGAUAAUGGCGAAGACACGCCAGAACUUAGCGCUCCGAAGCUGAUAAAACUGUAGAGUGAAACGAAAGUCAAGAGAGCGACACAGGACGUAGAUGUGUUCGUGGGGGCAUGGUAGGGAGGGAGCGAGGGUUUAAAAUGGGGGUGCAUAUGGUGAGCCAUUGUGCUUGACCGGGGAUGUGGCGAGGAAUAUGAGGUGUAAUGCGUAGGAUAGUAUAGUUUUUAGCACAGUACAACAACAAUCAUUACGGUCACUAAAAGAGGGGAUAUAUCCAAGACGAGACUACAGUAAACGGAAAACAACACGACACGACAGCGCUACAAUGCCUGUGCAUCAUAACAUAGAGUGGCGAACCGACUUUUAUUUGUACAACACCAAUAAUAUCUAAGAAAGGACGUAAAGAACAUA